AUGCAAAUGCGCCCGCCACACCCUCCCGCGAGCUUGCCGACCGAGAUCGAGCCAUCAUACAUCACUCAUACCCCUGACAUCGACCCCCGACACUUUCGUCGAACCUUCUUUGGCAUCUUCCAGGAGGCUCCGCGCCGCAUCCGGACAAACGAAUUCGAGCCCGGCUGGCCACUCGUCCUGUCUUGGCGCACGCGGGUGCUCGAGAACCUCCGACCGCCCGUGCGAGAAGAGCUUGUGGACGCCUUUCGCCAGCUUUUUCAGCACAAGCUCGAGUUUGGAGCUCCAGUCAAUAGCACACAGGCUCUCCAAUGCUACCGCCUCUUCACUUACCUCCUGACUGCCGCUCGAGAUGCCCUGCUUCUCGUCCCCAAGGAUAACCUCAAGAACCAUCUCGACUUCUCUCGCGCCCUAUACCACGAGAUUGUGCGCCAGCGCCAGCUCGAGAGCCAAUUCGGCGUGCCGGAGGAGGAGCCGGAGGUUUUGGUUCGAGAGGACACGGGGAACCGCUGGCCUACGACCCAGACGUACGCGGCAAUCAUCAAGUUUUCGAGGCGGACCGGGCUGCAGGAUUGGGUCAAUGAAGCAUUCAAGGCCCUCAUCGACCACAACCCGCGCAAAGCGCAUUGGGAUGUCAUCUUCCAGUGGGCCGUGUUUUGUAGAGACGAAGGCGUGGAAGGCGUCAAGCACAUGAUUGACAUCAUGGUCAAAAACAACCCGGAAAACGAGUCGGCGCGGCCAGACAUUGAUACCAUCAACGGAUUAAUCCGCACCGCCAUGGAGAAGAACGAUCCUUACCUCGCCGAGCGGUUUUUAGCCCUGGCAUCCGAGCUGGGCAUAAGCCCCAACUCUACGACUUACAUUCUCCAGAUGGAUUAUCGCAUCGACGCCAAGGAUCUCUCCGGCGCCAAAGCGGCAUACCAGGACAUCCUGCGAACCGAAAUACAGGACGACGAGGAUCUCGCGGUGAUCAACAAGUAUAUACGGGCGCUGUGUGGGUUGGAGAGGCCGCUGCUCAAGAGCAUUCACGAAACCAUGGCCAACCUUGAGCACCGCCUCGUGACCUUGGACCCGGAGACCGUGGUUGCUCUGUGCAUGGCCUUCCUCAAGAACGACGACCAGUACGACGUCAUUGACACCUUGGCGGUCCACGUCUUCCACUACAGCAGUGAGCAGCGAGAGCAGAUCCGAAGCGCAUUUGUGGAGUUCAUACUAGAGGAGAAGAAUAGCACCUCGCGAGUCUGGGACGCCUACCAACUUCUCAUGCAAUUCUUCCCCGAGACAACGCGCGGGUGCCGCGUCAAAGUCAUGGGCGCCUUUUUCGACCGCAAGCGGGCCGACAUGGCCACCGGCGUAUUUAUGCACAUGAAGGAACAUGUCAACCGCGACUUCCGCCCCACGGUGGACGAGUAUGUUGUGAUGCUCGAGGGCUUAGGCCAAGUCCCAGACGAGGCCAGCCUCGAAAGCGUCCACAAUAUGCUCAAGAUUGACACAAACGUCCAAUCGUGUACCAAACUUUCCAAUGCCCUCAUGAUCGCUCUCGGUGCCUGCGGAAGAUCCCUCCGCGCUCUCGACAUCUGGCACGACAUCUCUCGCUCAGCCGAGGGCCCUUCCUACGCCAGCUUGGAAAUCAUCUUUGCCGUUUUGGAGAAGAAGCCGUUUGGCGACGAGGAUGCCAAAGCGAUAUGGAGGAGCAUGGAGAGGAUGGAGCUCGAGAUCCCUCCUUCCGUCUUUGCAGCUUACUGCGGAAGCCUGGCCGGGAAUGCCCGGCUGGACGAGGUCAAGAGCCUAAUCAAGGGAAUGUCGAGGACGGUCGGAUAUGACCCCGACUCCAUGAUCCUCGGAGUCGCACACAACGCGCUUCGUUCUCCUAAACUGCAAGCUGACUUUCAGGCAUGGGCCCUGAGUCAAUACCCAGACCUCUGGGCCGAGCUCGAGAGGCUUGGCCGGAGACGGACGGAAGGGUAUCUCUCCGUAUUCAAAAUUUCGCGCAAUCUCAAAGCGUGA